AUGGCGCGGACACGCAGCCACCUGAGGCCCGAGGACACCUGCGGGCAGGCGGCGGCGAGCGCCGCGGUGCCCCGCCUCUGUCCGCACCACUGGGCGCUGGACCUCUCAAGACCUGCCCCAGAUGCGCCCACACCUUGGCCAGGCCUCGCCUGUGGCUGGAGCAAGAGUGUCCGCGCCGACAAUGAGACACUCAGACACCAGAGACCCCAGAUACCUGGGCGACAGCGCGGCACCCGCCUCUGGGAGCGGAGCCAGCCAGGCAACCUCAACCCUCAGGUCUCUGCACCCUCCCCCAACUGCGCCCCGCCCACACUCCCGCGCCCUCCCCCGACUGCGCCCCGCCCACAUCCCCCGCAUGCUCCCCAACUGCGCCCCGCCCACAUGCCGCACUCUCCACCCACUGCGCCCCGCCCACAUCCCCGCACCCGCCCCCACUGCGCCUCGCCCACAUCCCCACACUUUCCCCUCACUGCGCCCCGCGCACACUCCCGCUCCCUCCCCCACUGCGCCCCGCCCACACUCCCGCGCCCUCCCGCUCACUGCGGCCUGCCGACAUCCCGCGCCCCCGCCCCCAUCCCGACUGCGCCCCGCUCACACUCCCGCGCCCUCUCCCCCUGGUUGCCCAGCCCACAUCCCGCACUCCCUCCACUGCGCCCCGCUCACACUCUCGCACCCUCCCCUCACUGCGCCCUGCCCACACUCCCGCACUCUCCCCCCACUACGACCCCUACCACAUCCCGCGCCCCCGCCCCCAUCCCCACUGCGCCCCGCCCACACUCCCGCGCCCUCCCGCCCCUGGGCUCUCCCAUCCUGGGCACUCUCCCCAGCGCCUCUACACUUUCUUCCGACGCAGCGCCCUGCCCUCCGUCCCGGCCCACCUACUGCCUCCUGCGCUUCCCCCACACCGUGCUCUGCGCUUCCCCCACACCGUGCUCUUCCUCCUCCUUCACUUCCUCCCACUCCUCGCGCUCCCCUUCAGCGCCCCACGCCGCCCCUCCCCAAAAACCCCGCGUCGCUCUCCUUCCCUCCUGGGCUCUCUUCCAGUCUCGCGCUCCCUGUCGGGCCCCGCCGCAGGUGUCCCGCAGCUGUCUCCCCAGGGCAUUUGAAUCUUGCCUUGGAGCUCUUGCCGCGGCCCAGCACCCUGGAAGAGGCAUCGGGGAGGAUAAGAUGACGAAGAAGGGGAAGGGCCCGGGCUGGAAGGAGGCAAACGAGGGAGGCACUCGCAUGGGGGCAAAACUUAAGGGCGCGACAAAAAACUCAGUAAUCAAGAAGCAAGACAACACAACACUUCCUUUCCAAGCCUCCCCCAGGCCUGGCCAGUGGGAGGAUGUAAAGCUGUUCCUGAAUGAUGUACUUCUUUCUGAUACAAGAGGAAUAAGAAGAAUCCCCUGCCUCGUGCUGCCCACUCUUCAUGACUUUGAAUCUGAAUGA